CUGAGAAGAGCUGGUCGCGAAUAAGCUGGUGCGUAGACACGCAGUUUUUCAAAUUAUAGCGAGCACAACACAGCCUUCUUUGCCAGUUGUUCAAUGUAAGGUUAGUUUGAUAUAUAAAGUCAUCACAAAAACAUUGAUUGUUAACGAAAUCCCAAAUAAGAAGAAUGGAAUCCAGUGGAUCAUUCAACUGUGAUGUUAGAGUGAAAGAGGAGCCUAGCGAUGUGUCGCUCAGUGAAAAUAAUUACAAAAUCAUCGAUGAAAAAGCCCAUCUUAAACACGCUCAACUCUUACCAUUUCCGCAAAAGAAUUCUACCCAUACCCUUCGAAAAUGUGACAUUAAACUUGAAAAAGAACUUGAUGAAGAAGUGGAAAUAGUUGUUGAAUGUGAAGAUGUCAAGCCCAAUAUUAAUUUAUUAGCAGUUGAAAUAAUUGUCGACGAUACUCGAACUCACCUGCAGAAUGCAAAAAAUAGCGAUUUUAUUAAAGUUCAAAACAAAAUAAAAAUAGAUUCCGCGGAAGAAGUGAAACAAGAAUUUGUUGGUGACGAUGCCAGAGAAUUGAAUUUCAAUUUCAACUGUACACUUGUCGAACAAAAUAGUCAAAGAAAAACUCAAAAAAAGUUUAACCACGAACAUAACUUCGAAACAAACAUCGAUAAGGUGCAUAAUAAUAAAUUCGCCACAUGUGAAAUAUGCGGUAAGAAAUUUUCAUAUAGGAGUAGUCUGAGAAGGCAUGUCAGAGUAUCACAUAAAUACAUCACCCACGCAUGUGACAUAUGCGGUAAGAAAUUUACACAAAAAAGCCAUCUUAAAGACCACAUCGAUUCGGGCCAUAAUGGUAUCACGCGUAAUUGUGAUCAAUGCGGAAGAAAAUUCUCAGUGAAAGGUCUUAAGAUCCAUAUUGAUAUGGUGCAUAAUGGUAUCAAAUAUUUAUGUGAUGUGUGCAAAAAGAAAUUCUCAAAUAAAAGUUAUCUCAAAAUCCACAUCGAUGCGACGCACAAUGAUGUCCGAUAUGCGUGUGGAAAUUGCGGAAAAAAAUGUACAACAAAAAAUAAUCUCAAAACCCAUACCGAUACGAUGCAUAAUGGUGUCACAUACGCAUGUGAUAAGUGUGGCAAGACAUUUUCACAUAAGAGUAGUUUGAAAACUCACACUGAUUCAAUGCACAAUAAUGUCACACAUACAUGUAAUAUAUGCGGAAAAAAAUUCAAACAGAAGAGCUACCUCAAAUACCACGUAAAUGCUGUGCAUAAAGGUAUUACUUCAUUUAAGUAGUAAUCUAAUUUCAAAAGGUACAUAGAUACGGAACAUCGCUCAAGCCUAGCAAUGAAAGUAUACAAUUAAACUUUGUUGAAAGUAUACAUUUACACUUUCGGAAGAUAAAUUUACUAAAUUU